AUGAUGGCAACAAGUAUUGAUUUACACACAUUUUCAUCUGAUUGCAAUCCAUUUAUAAUCGAUGGACGUCUACAAGUAGUAUUUGAUAUGGAAACUGGUGAUCCAGAUGAUUUUGUUACUCUUAUUUUUCUUCUUGGUCAUCCAUUAGUACAUUUAAAAGCUAUUACAAUUGUUCCUGGUACUCCUGAUCAAAUUGGUUUUAUACGAUAUGCUCUCAAUCGUUUCAAUCGAAAUGAUAUACCACUUGGUGUAUUUAAUAUGAAUGCAAAACCUGCACUAUCGAAAUUUCAUUUGAAAAUCUAUGCACCUGAAAUUAUUCGUGAAUCAAGAAACGCACUCGAUGGUAGUGAUGUUCUUCUUACUUAUUGUGAUGAAAAAACAAUUUUAAUUUGUGGAGGACCAUUAAAAAAUGUUGCAAAAGCUAUUCAAACUGGUCAAUUUAAACUUGGUCGAUUGGUUGCUCAAGGUGGAUUUGCUGGUGAUAACAUCGUACCCGAAGAUAAACGUUUGAAUAAAUUCAAUGGAAGAAUAACAUGUCCAACAUUUAAUUUAACUUCAGAUCCAAAAGCAGCUAAGAUUGUUUUGGAUUUCAAUGGUAUUAAAGAGAAAUUUUUUGUAUCAAAAAAUGUUUGUCAUGGUGUUUUAUAUACAAAUGAUACUCAUAAACAACUUGAAAAAGUUAAAGAUCGAAGUCAAUCAUUACAUGAAAUGUAUCAUGUCAUGUCUGUUUAUUUAAAUCGAGCUGGUAAAAUAGAAAAAGCAUUUCAUGAUCCAUUAGCUGCUUGUUGUGCUAUUGAUAUUUCUAUUGGUCAAUGGAAAGAUGUAAGAUUAUACAUGGAUGAAAGGACAAAAGAAUGGGGAUCAAAGAUUAGUGAACAUCCAAAUGUGAAAAUUAUUAUUGAUUAUGAUCAAGAUAAAUAUCUCUCGACUUUAUUUGCAUAUGCGUAA